AUGUCAAAAUCAAAAAUAAAAGUGUCAGAAAUGAAGGAUUUGAAUACUCUUCAGGAUCUAAAUAUUGAGACUCCCGAAGAGUGUUUCGGAUUUUUGAGACGGACAGAAAUGAUAUUAGACUGCGAUUUAUAUAGAUCUCUUGGUAUUUACAUUCUUUCUCUUUUAGUAAUUUUUUCAACUUUUUAUUUGGGUCCUCAAUGCUUAAGAACAGUCGAAAAAGACUUUAAUAUCUCAAAUAGUAGUACUCAUAUCGCUUUUGACAUUUCAAUCGACGGCUUAAAUCAUUAUAACAGUUUUCUCAAGUUCCAAAUAAGUUUUCCGACAAAAGACGUACUCGAUACCAAAUCAGUACCAUUUAAUCUUGCCUUUAAUUCACAUCAAUACUUAAAUAACAUUUUAGUUCACGAAAUUCAUAUCCCAUAUCGAAAUUAUUCAUUAAAUUUUGUCAGAGGCUCCAAAUAUUCACAAGCCUUAAGAGUUUUCUCAUGCGAAGAUCUGGAUUUUACGCAUACAAAUUCAUCAAUAAUUAUUUCCUUCGAAAAUGAACCAUAUCCUGUACAUUUUAUUGCAACUACAGUAAGUUCAUCCUAUGUACAAUACACAUAUUUCAUUUACUUUGUUGGAUUUGUCAUGUCAGCUAUACUUUUAAUGAAUUUAAUUUCAUUCAGACUAAGUUUUUAUAUUAAUGCUAUAUACUUCAUGCAACUCUUACUUUCAGCCAUAGUCUUACUCAUUUGUUCAUUUCCUAGGCCAUUGUUACAAUCAAUUGUUGGAAAAUCUAAUAUUAACAUUGUAAACACAUUUUUAGCACAGUUUCUAUUUGUUUUCACAUGUUAUAUUGGUUUUGUACACUUAGAUGCAGGAAAACAAGUCAAUCAACAGAUGAAUUACACUUAUUCAUUUUUUACAUCGAUUUUCUUCAUUGCUUUCUUUCUUUUGAUGUUUGUUUACUCAUUUAAAUACUCGUUGAAGAACACAACGAAUCAGAUCAUACAACCUGAUAUAACAACAACAGGUUUUUCCAUUGCAAAAUACGCUUUAAUCGCAUUGUACAUUCCUUUCUUGUAUUUGUUUAAUUACAUGGCUGACUAUUAUAACAAAGUCGACCAAUUCGUCCACUUUUGCAUGCCAAUUUGUUUUGUUAUGUUCACCGCUGUUACGGAAUUCUUGACUCCUAGUAUUGUUGGAGUGGAAAUGAACUUCUCUCUGCAGAUUUAUACUUUCGCUGCGUCAAUUUCGUAUAUUUUGUUCUAUGCAUACUUAAAUUGGCCAAUUUCAGAAAAGAAAUAA